GGCUUACUCAUGAAACCUGCUCUGCCUUCAGGAACGCCUUGAUGUUUAACAAUGAGCUGAUGGCCGAUGUCCACUUCAUCGUCGGCCCCCUGGGGGGAUCGCAGAGGGUUCCAGCACACAAGUAUGUGCUGGCCGUGGGAAGCUCGGUCUUCUGUGCCAUGUUUUACGGCGAUCUGGCGGAGGAGGAGUCUGAGAUCCAUAUCCCAGAUGUGGAACCUGCUGCUUUUCUAAUUCUGCUGAAGUACAUGUACAGCGAUGAAAUCGACCUGGAGGCAGACACGGUGCUGGCCACCCUGUAUGCUGCCAAGAAGUACAUCGUCCCCGCGCUGGCUAAGGCCUGCGUCACCUUCCUGGAAACCAGCCUGGAGGCCAAGAACGCCUGCGUGCUGCUCUCCCAGAGCCGCCUGUUUGAGGAGCCCGAGCUGACGCAGCGCUGCUGGGAGGUGAUCGACGCUCAGGCCGAGCUCUCGCUGUGCUCCGAGGGCUUCUGCGAGAUCGACCUGCAGACGCUGGAGAUCAUCCUGCGGAGGGAGACGCUCAACACCAAGGAGGUGGUGGUGUUUGAGGCUGUGAUGAGCUGGGCCACCGCGGAGUGCAAGAGACAAGGUUUGGGGCCCACCACCCGCAACAAAAGAGAUGUCCUUGGCAAGGCGCUGUUCUUAGUGCGCAUCCCCACCAUGACCCUGGAGGAGUUUGCCAACGGGGCGGCGCAAUGUGAUAUCCUGACACUGGAGGAGACGCACAAUGUGUUUCUGUGGUACACUGCGGCUAAAAAGCCCAAACUGGACUUCCCCUUGACUGCGAGGAAGGGUUUGGCGCCUCAAAGGUGUCACCGCUUCCAGUCCUCGGCCUACCGGAGCAAUCAGUGGCGCUACCGCGGCCGGUGCGACAGCAUUCAGUUCGCGGUGGACAAGAGGAUCUUUAUCGCCGGUCUGGGGCUGUACGGGUCGAGCGGCGGCAAAGCCGAGUACAGCGUCAAAAUCGAACUGAAGAGACAGGGGGUGACGCUGGCGCAGAACCUGACAAAGUUCGUGUCAGACGGGUCGAGCAGUACGUUCCCGGUGUGGUUUGAGCAUCCUGUUCAAGUGGAGCAGGACGCGUUCUACACCGUGAGCGCCGUGCUGGAUGGGAACGAGCUGAGCUAUUUUGGCCAGGAGGGCAUGACGGAGGUGCAGUGUGGGAAGGUGACGUUUCAAUUCCAGUGCUCCUCCGACAGCACCAACGGGACCGGAGUACAGGGAGGACAGAUCCCAGAGCUUGUGUUCUACGCAUAAAGCUGCUCUGGACUGCUGAUGGAAAAUUAGGUUCAUCCUCGCCUCCCAGCCUUCAAAGUAAUGUAGCAUUAAAGACACUCGACUAAUGUCACACUAAAUGGCCUGGUUAGUUCUUUGAGAGACUAUUUUAAAAGCCAAGGAGCUGUUUUAUCUUAUUUAAUUUAAUGUUAUUUUUUUAAUUUAAUUACUGGGUUAACGUUAUUUGCUCUGAUGCCUGUGUUAAAAGGCUGCGGCUGCUGUAGAAACAACAUUAAUACAGUGAUUUGUGGUUAUGUAAUCAAGCUGAGCUACACAACUGGAACAAGUAGGGACUGCUUUAAAUUGUGUAAUUGCAAGUCUAUAUACAAUGUUGUUACUAUAGUCUGAGCAGCAAUACUUCACGAGGAGCGACCUUUAUGUAGUGUUAUGAUUCUAAAUGCAAAAAAAAAGUAGAAAUCUUGUCGAGAGCAGAGUUGUUUUGCACUUCAGAGGAUGGCCUCAGAAACGUUGUGUCUUUUGUAAAAUACAAUUUAACUGUUAACAGCUUGACGCUGUUAAAGAUGACCAGAUGUGUUCUGUACAAGAAUGCUUAUACACCUGAUGAUAAAACAUAAAGGUUAUAAUGUGAUUGAAGCCAC